AUGCCCACAGGCCUGCAGGACGCUGUGCGCCGCGCGGGGGCAGAGGAGCCGAGCCUGGCCCGGGCCGUGGUCCGCAGCCUGGGGGGCUUCAGCCUGGGCUUGUCCUUGGCCACGGUCUAUGGACUCCUGGAGCUGCUGGUGGAAGGGCAGAGCCCCUGGGGCUGCCUGGUGGGCACGCUGACCUUGGCCGGCUUCCUCGGCCUGGGCAUGGCGUUCUCUCGGCAGGUCCGGGUCACCGUCCUCCUGCUGCUGCCCCAGGCCUUCUCCAAGCAGAGCCGGGCACUGCUGCUGUUGGCUGUCUUUGGGUUGGUGCUGCAAGGGCCUUGUGCCAACACUCUGCGCAACUUCACCCAAGCCAGCGAGGCCGUGGCCUGCGGGGCGGAGCUGGCCCUGAACCAGACGGCUGCGUUGCUGGAGCGAGCGAAGCAGCCCCUUGUCAGUGCCCUGAACAAGAUUAAGGCCAUUGCCCAAAAGGCCAAAGAGGUGGCUGACCGGAUCCGCAAGUUCUUUCGGUCCAUCAUGGAUGGAGUGAAGCAUAUAGCCAGGGCCCUGCGCAACGUGUGGUACUGGCUCCUGCAUAUCGGAGACGUGUGCAACUCAGAGCUGGGCAACCCUUACCUGAAGUGUGCGCGGGUCUUCGAUGACGCCAAGGACAGCUGCAUGAAGGUCAUCCCACACGCCUAUCACCUGUGCUACGUGCUCAUGCCCUUCAAGCUGGUGCUCUGUGGACUGGCCAGCCUGGUCCAGGUGUUCUGCAUCAUCCCCAAGUACAUCCAGCCCUUCCUGCGCACGACCAUCGGCAUCCCUGUGCAGAAGUUGAUUAACCGGGUGCGUCAAGAGUUUGAGUUCAACGUGACAGCCACCCACUACUUCUCCGUGGAUCUCGACGCCUCUCGGAGCCUGUCCCAGGUGGCCCUGGACCUCUACGAGGCUGUCAGCAUGAAGCUGUACCGCGCCCGCGAGGCCCUGGCCCUGAUGGGCUACGCCACGCCGCUGCUGCUUGUGCUUCUCUACCUCCAGUGAG